GCUUGGUAGUUGCGAAUUCUUCGUUCGGCUUGAAACUUCCAACUCCACGAAAAGGAAAAUCAGAAACCCUACUUCUCUCCGCUAUAUAAUAUAAAUAAGAAGCCUUCAAUAACGUUUACAGAACCCUAAAUAAACUCUCUCUUUCUCCAUCUUCCGUUUCCGAUUUGCAGUCUGCAAAGAACGAUGAAGAUCGUUGCUGCUUAUUUACUCGCCGUUUUGGGAGGCAACUCCAACCCAUCAGCUAAAGAUUUGAAGGAUAUUCUCGGAUCUGUUGGAGCUGAAGUUGAUGAGGAAAGAAUUAAUCUUCUGCUCUCUAAUGUUAAGGGUAAGGACAUUACAGAGCUCAUCGCAUCCGGAAGAGAAAAGCUAGCAUCUGUUCCUUCUGGUGGAGGUGCUGCUGUGGCAGUUGCUGCCGGAGGUGGUGGUGGCGGUGCUGCUGCCCCUGCUCCAGCUGAAGCAAAGAAAGAGGAGAAGGUUGAAGAGAAGGAAGAAUCAGACGAUGAUAUGGGCUUCAGUCUUUUCGAUUAAGUAUAAUAACAAAGUUGAAUGUUCAGAGAUUCUUCAAGAUUUUAGAUUUUGGAAUUUUUGUUUUUUCACAUGUAGUGUCUUAACAUUAUCGUGGUGUUAUGAUGAGCCUAAUGUUGUACUUUUAUUUUAAUUAAUGAAUUUUCUUCGUAAUUUUUGGAUGCUCUUAA